AUGGCAAGAAUCAAACAAGCAGCUAGGAAAACCCGUGGGCGGAAGCGCCUAUUUGCAGGAGGCACUCCAUCAACUUCCAGUCCUCAGCAAUCUGCCAGAAGAAGUCGUAAAACAACUGCUUCACCACAUACGAGUGAAAACCAAGCACGGAAAAAGCGGCGGAACAGGCCAGGAACAAAGGCUUUACGUGAGAUUCGGAUAUAUCAGAAAUCUUGGAAGCUUCUUAUUCCUGCUGCUCCAUUCAUUAGAGCUGUAAGAGAGAUUAGCACCUUCUACGCACCAAGCAUUGCACGUUGGCAAGCAGAAGCCUUAGUGGCUAUUCAGGAGGCUGCUGAAGAUUACAUAGUUGAGUUGUUUGAGGAGGCAAAUCUGUGUGCCAUUCAUGCAAAGCGUGUGACUUUGAUGAAAAAGGAUUUCGAGCUGGCCAGGCGAAUUGGAGGUAAAGGGCGGCCAUGGUGGUGA